CUCGGCCGGAAUCACAGCUGUGAGGUGUGCUUUACGUCAUCACCCGGCGCCGACGCAGGAAGUAACGACGCUCCCGGCGCGCGCCCGGCGCUGUUUCUCCUCAGGCUCCGGGACCCGCGGCGGCGGCGGCGCUGGGUGUUCGAACUCCAAUGGGUGAUGAAAAGGACUCUUGGAAAGUGAAAACUUUAGAUGAAAUUCUUCAGGAAAAGAAACGCCGGAAGGAGCAAGAGGAGAAAGCAGAAAUAAAGCGCUUAAAAAACUCUGAUGACAGGGACUCCAAGCGGGACUCCCUGGAGGAGGGGGAGCUGAGGGACCACCGCAUGGAGAUCACCAUCCGGAACUCGCCCUACAGACGGGAGGACUCCAUGGAGGACAGAGCAGAGGAAGACGACGCUUUGGCCAUCAAGCCACCCCAGCAGGUGUCGCGGAAGGAGAAGGCCCAUCACAGGAAGGACGAGAAGAGGAAAGAGAAACGCAGGCAUCGCAGUCACUCCGCGGAAGGGGGCAAGCACGCGCGAGUGAAGGAGAAGGAGAGGGAGCACGAGCGCCGGAAGCGGCACCGGGAGGAGCAGGACAAGGCGCGCCGGGAGUGGGAGAGGCAGAAGCGGAGGGAGAUGGCCAGAGAGCAUUCCAGGAGGGAGAGGGACCGCCUAGAGCAGCUGGAGAGGAAGCGGGAGCGGGAGCGCAAGCUGCGGGAGCAGCAGAAGGAGCAGCGGGAGCAGAAGGAGCGGGAGCGGCGCGCGGAGGAGCGGCGCAAGGAGCGGGAGGCGCGGCGGGAAGUCUCUGCACAUCACCGGACGAUGCGAGAGGACUACAGCGAUAAAGGGAAGGCCAGCCACUGGAGCCGCAGCCCGCCCCGGCCGCCCCGGGAGAGGCUCGAGCUGGGGGACGGCCGGAAGCCAGUGAAGGAAGAGAAGAUGGAAGAGAGAGACCUGCUGUCUGACUUGCAAGAUGUCAGUGACAACGAGAGGAAAACCAGCUCGGCCGAGUCCUCCUCAGCGGAAUCAGGGUCCGGCUCGGAGGAGGAGGAGGAGGAGGAGGAGGAGGAGGGGAGCAGCAGUGAGGAAUCAGAGGAGGAGGAAGAAGAGGAGGAGGAGGAGGAAGAGGAAGAAGAGGAGACUGGGAGCAACUCCGAGGAUGCGUCUGGACAGUCUGCUGAGGAAGUGAGUGAGGAGGAGAUGAGUGAAGACGAAGAGCGGGAGACGGAGAACCACAUCCUCGUGGUUCCAGAGUCACGAUUUGACCGAGAUUCGGGGGAAAGUGAGGAAGGGGAGGAAGAGGCAGGCGAGGCCACCCCGCAGAGCAGCGCCCUGACCGAAGGAGAGCUUGUGCCCGAGUCCCCAGCCCUGUCGCCCGUCGAGCUCAAGCAGGAGCUGCCCAAGUACUUGCCCGCCCUGCAGGGCUGCCGCAGCGUGGAGGAGUUCCAGUGCCUGAACAGGAUUGAGGAGGGCACCUACGGGGUGGUAUACAGAGCAAAGGACAAGAAGACAGAUGAGAUUGUGGCUCUGAAGCGGCUGAAAAUGGAGAAGGAGAAGGAGGGCUUCCCCAUCACGUCGCUGAGGGAGAUCAACACCAUCCUCAAGGCGCAGCACCCCAACAUUGUGACCGUCAGGGAGAUUGUCGUGGGCAGUAACAUGGACAAGAUCUACAUCGUGAUGAACUACGUGGAGCAUGACCUCAAGAGCCUGAUGGAGACCAUGAAGCAGCCUUUCCUGCCAGGGGAGGUGAAGACCUUGAUGAUCCAGCUGCUGUGCGGCGUGAAGCACCUGCACGACAACUGGAUCCUGCACCGCGACCUCAAGACAUCCAACCUGCUGCUGAGCCACGCCGGCAUCCUCAAGGUCGGGGACUUCGGGCUGGCGCGGGAGUACGGGUCCCCUCUGAAGGCCUACACCCCGGUCGUGGUGACCCUGUGGUACCGCGCCCCAGAGCUGCUCCUGGGCGCCAAGGAGUACUCCACAGCAGUGGACAUGUGGUCAGUGGGUUGCAUCUUUGGGGAGCUGCUGACGCAGAAGCCCCUGUUCCCUGGGAAGUCGGAGAUCGAUCAGAUCAACAAAGUGUUCAAGGACCUGGGGACCCCCAGUGAGAAAAUCUGGCCUGGCUACAACGAGCUCCCCGCAGUGAAGAAGAUGACCUUCACCGAGUACCCCUACAACAACUUACGCAAGCGCUUCGGGGCCCUGCUGUCCGACCAGGGCUUCGACCUCAUGAACAAGUUCCUGACCUACUUCCCUGGGCGGAGGGUCAGCGCAGAGGACGGCCUCAAGCAUGAGUAUUUCCGCGAGACUCCCCUCCCCAUCGACCCCUCCAUGUUCCCCACGUGGCCCGCCAAGAGCGAGCAGCAGAGGGUGAAGCGCGGCACGAGCCCACGGCCCCCUGAGGGAGGCCUGGGCUACAGCCAGCUGGGAGACGAUGACCUGAAGGAGACGGGCUUCCACCUCACCACCACCAACCAGGGGGCCUCGGCGGCGGGCCCCGGCUUCAGCCUCAAGUUCUGAGGGUCGCCACGUGCCAGCCCUGGGAGCCUGACGGUCCGGGCUCCGCGGGGACUGGUGCCAGGGCCCAGACCCAGCUGGAUGCAGCUGCUGCCCCCGGGCUGCUGAGCAUUGUGACCUCGAGUCUCGGGCUGCUGGUCUUGUUUGUUUUCCACGUUUCGUUUCUAUUUCAUCUUGACUUGUAUAUUUGUAGAAUUAAAUGUUAUUUCUUUGUGGAAGAAAA